AUGAGGACGCUCCUUCUUCUAAGCGCCUACUUCGGGCUGCUUUCAGAAACAAGCGCAGCAAGUAUUCCCGCUGUGAAGCCUUUCACCGUGAACCUUUCUUCGCGGGUGCCGCACAUGCUUGAUCUGAUUGGGAAGACAACUCUGCCUGCAGCUGAGCUCGCCGCUGCUCAUGCUAGUUUAAACAUGAGUUUGACUACCGGAAUGCCGCUUGAUACGCUGAAGAGCUUACAAAAUGAAUGGGUAACAAGCUUCAACUGGACACGGGAAGAAGAACAGAUAAACGCAUAUAACCAUUUCACAACACAAAUUGGACAUCAGACCGUUCAUUUCAUCCAUGAGAAAUCCAAAGUUCCAAAUGCCAUUCCCCUCAUCUUGCUGCACGGCUGGCCUGGCUCGUUCCUCGAAAUGGUUCACCUUCUCGACCAGCUCAUGCUGAGCAACUCCAGCCAAGCAUUUGACAUCGUCGUCCCGUCUCUGCCUGGCUUUGGAUUCUCGUCUCCCGCUCCCAAUGAGUGGUCCACUUCGGACACGGCCACCCUCUUCAACACGCUCAUGAUUCAAGUUCUUGGAUACAAGAGUUAUGCGGUGCACGGAACGGAUUGGGGCAGUGUCGUGGGGUUUGACAUGUAUGAUCAGUUCAAUAAUACUGUCAAGGCGGCGCAUUUUAACUUUUUGCCGUUCUUCUCUUUAACGCCUGAGCAGCUGACGGACCAAGGAAUCGCGCUCACUGCGGCUGAGGCGAUUCAGGAGCAGAGGGCUAUGGACUUUGAGAAUUCGGGCAUUGGCUAUUACAUGGAACAGGCUACAACUGUGAAUACCGUGGGCCUCGCUCUAUACGACAACCCACUUGGACAGCUAUCUUGGAUCGCUGAGAAAUUCAUCAUCUGGUCCGACCCGCGACGAGGAACUGGGCCUUCACUCGUCACCAACAACGAGAUUCUCAGGCACGUAUCCAUGUACUAUCUCACCCAGACUUUCGACUCUGCCGCCUUCAUCUAUGCCCAGAACCCAACUGGCAAGGGCUUCUCAUACACCUACCGAAGAGCCCGGACCAACCAGCCUCUUUUGUAUAGCAACUUCCAGUGGAACAUGCUCUUCUACCCAGAGAGGCUGGUGGCGACAAUCGGCAACUUGGUCUACUAUAAUUAUCGUAAAACUAUUGUGUACCCUAAGCGCUUUACUAUUUGGGAAGCAUAUCAAGAAUAA